UCCUCACAGGGAAAUCAACAGAGGGAGAAUCUCCGCUGCCGAACACAAGACGCAGCAAAACACUGUGUACGACCCAGUUAGUGCGCAGCUGCAAGGGGCACGAACGUCGACGUUUCGAGCUAAGCUUCCCAAAAUAUCGUGGGAAACGAUGUUUUUUUCUUCAGGAUUGACAUAACAUUUAAAGCCAACACUCUCAAUAUGGCCCCAAAUUCCAUCCAUUGGUUUCGGAAGGGCCUGCGUCUGCACGACAACCCUGCACUUCAGGAGGCAUUGCGGGGUGCAGGCACCAUCCGCUGUGUUUACUUCCUGGACCCCUGGUUUGCUGGGUCCUCCAACCUUGGGGUCAACAGGUGGAGAUUUCUCCUUCAGUGCCUAGAUGAUCUUGACUCCAGUCUCCGGAAGCUCAAUUCACGCCUUUUUGUUAUCCGAGGUCAACCAGCCAACGUUUUCCCACGACUAUUUAAGGAGUGGGAAAUAUCCAGGUUGACCUUUGAGUAUGACUCAGAACCUUUUGGGAAGGAGCGAGAUGCUGCCAUUAAGAAGCUUGCAAUGGAGGCAGGGGUGGAAGUCAUUGUCAAGAUCUCACACACGCUGUACAAUCUGGACAAAAUAAUUGAGUUAAAUGGCAGCCAGCCACCCCUCACUUACAAGCGUUUCCAAACUCUGAUCAGCCGUAUGGACCCACCAGAGAUGCCAAUGGAGACUCUGUCUAGCUCUCUUAUGGGCUGCUGUGUCACACCUAUAUCUGAAGACCAUGGGGACAAAUAUGGCGUGCCUUCUCUUGAAGAGCUGGGGUUCGACACAGAAGGACUACCCUCUGCUGUGUGGCCAGGUGGGGAGACAGAAGCACUAACAAGGAUUGAGAGACACCUAGAAAGAAAGGCUUGGGUAGCCAACUUUGAGAGACCAAGGAUGAAUGCCAACUCCCUGUUGGCCAGCCCUACAGGCCUGAGCCCUUACCUUCGCUUCGGCUGCCUCUCCUGUCGCCUCUUUUAUUUCAAACUCACAGAUCUUUACAGAAAGGUAAAGAAGACUAGUACCCCUCCCCUCUCCCUUUAUGGCCAGCUGCUAUGGCGAGAAUUUUUUUACACCGCUGCUACUACCAACCCACGAUUUGACAAGAUGGAGGGCAACCCCAUUUGUGUGCGCAUUCCCUGGGAUAAGAACCCAGAGGCACUGGCCAAAUGGGCUGAGGCUAAAACUGGUUUCCCAUGGAUUGAUGCAAUCAUGACCCAGCUAAGACAGGAGGGCUGGAUCCAUCAUCUGGCUCGUCAUGCUGUGGCUUGCUUCCUUACCAGAGGAGACCUGUGGAUCAGUUGGGAGGAGGGCAUGAAGGUUUUUGAGGAGCUCCUGUUGGAUGCAGACUGGAGUGUGAAUGCAGGAAGCUGGAUGUGGCUCUCCUGCAGCUCUUUCUUUCAGCAGUUCUUCCACUGCUACUGUCCAGUAGGGUUUGGUCGGCGCACUGACCCUAAUGGGGACUUCAUUAGACGCUAUUUACCUAUUCUUCGAGGUUUUCCGGCCAAGUAUAUCUACGAUCCGUGGAAUGCCCCAGAUGCAGUACAGACUGCAGCAAAGUGCAUCAUUGGAGUCCAUUAUCCGAAGCCCAUGGUGAACCAUGCAGAGGCCAGUCGCCUUAACAUUGAGAGGAUGAAACAGAUCUACCAGCAACUUUCCCGAUAUAGAGGACUAGGACUUCUGGCUUCAGUGCCAUCCACACACAAUGGGAAUGGGAAUGGAAUGGCAUACUCUCCAGGAGAACAACAGUCUGGGACCAACACACCAGCACCAGUCAUGCCAGGUACUUCGGCAACUAAUGGAAACCGAAGUGGAAGUAUUCUACUAAACUUUGAGGGUGAGGAACACCAGGGACCAAGCAGAAUGCAGCAGCAACAAAAGCUAGGACGUGCAUUUCACACAGCAGGACGUGUCACAUGUAAGAGGGAACGAGAGUCGGAAAGAGACACUGAAGGAGACGACACACUCCCCACUUCUUACAAGCUACAGCGACAAAUUGCAAUCACGACUGUGCAUGGCGCCAAUGGCAGCCAGCCCGAUAUGAAGAGCUAGAUGGACAUAUCAAAUUGAAGUAAUCCUAUAAGCAACCACUGACUUUAAUAUGAAUAAAUGAAUAUGUGUUAGAAUGCAUACAUACAUAUAUGAUGUCAACAUUUUUGCCAUUUAAUGCAGGUAAAUACUUUUUUCUAAGAAAAUGAACUGCAACUGGCACUAUAGUAUUUUAUAUCAAAAAGAAUAUAACAGGCAGCAAAAUUGUAAAGCAGCCAGUGUAUUUGAGUAUUUAUGUGCAUUAAUAAACGUCCUACUAACUCAUUUGCCAGCUACAAUUGAUUGCAAAGGUUUGCAUACCCUUACUUCUAAAUGAUAAAACCAAUAAACAACAUUUAUUGUAUUGCAAUUAACAGUGAAUCAUUUCUACAUAAUAAUUCAGAAUAUGAUGUAAUGUGUUAUUGAUGAAACAAUCACAAACAAAUGUAUUUUUAAAGAAUAUUUUUCCACUCUAUGAUCAUGUUGUGUCAAUUUUUUCUAUUUUUUAAUUUUCCAACUUGGUGUCACCAAAUGCACUUUUUUACUCUGUUCACCAGCUCUGUCGAGGUCAGUAUUUUAAGUUUUAGGGUUUUUUUUUCUAUUUUGCUGAUUCUCAACUGCACCCAAUUUCAGAGUCUACUGAUACGUUUCAUGUUGAAAAGAAGAUUGAACAAAGUAAAUCUGUCGAGCGGACAUUGAGGCACUACAAUUAAUCAUUUUUUGGGUGGAAACUUUUUAAAUUGCUUAUAUAAUCCCAACAUAAUUGCUGUAAUGCCAUGGUAUAAAAGGCAUUCAGUUGGAUAGCCUGAAAAAUUCUUCUGUACACAACAUCCGGUUUGAAUAUUUUUACUCAUAAAACAAGAGGGAUGCAAACUUUUGCACUCAAAUGUGUAUUGAACAAACAAUAUCUGUCCCUGUUUUUUCCUCUUUUUUUUUUUUUCUUUUUCAUUUCUAAAGGCACAUUAUAGUAUAUUUCAUAUUUGUAAGAGAGUCAGUACUUUUAGUAAUGGUAAUUUUUUCAAUUUUGUCUGUUUUUUUGAAGGCAGUGUUCAGAACUACAAAAAAAGUCAGGAUGCUUGCCUGGUAAAUAGUGUAAUAUUGUUAAAAUUUGAAAAAAACAACAGAAAUAUUUUAUUCUAAGUGCCCAUUUCUUUUUAAUUAGGAUUUAACCAACAUCAGAUUAUUAUUGGUUGCUUCAAAGUACAUAGUAACACAAUUUGUAAAUCUGAUUUCUUCACAAAUUAUUAUAAACAUUUAUGGGUUUUAUUUGUAUUUAUUUAUUUAUUUGUAUUUAUUUAUUUAUUUAUUUAUUUUUCUUUUAAAAUUAGACCACCUAGAUCUGACCUCACAGCCAGCAAAUGCCUAAAGCACAACAAAAUGCUGUUAAAGAAUGGGAGUAACUGGAGGUGUUCACACCAGCUAUUCAUCGUAGUACAGAUGCAUACAUAUAUAAUAUUUUUAUUCCAUAUGUAAAUGUAGUUAUAGUUGUGCAUAUACUCUCCACCCUUUUUUUUGCAUUGAGAAAAUAUAUUAUUGUAAAUCAACUCUACUUGAACAUAUGUGGAGGCAGUUCAAAGGUAUGUUUAUUUUCCUCCUGCUAAUAGUUUAUUUGGUUCUCAAAUAUACCUGAGCCAAAUCUUUUUUCUUAUUUUUUUCAAUUAAUUAACUGGCCAAGUGUUUAAUUUUACACUGUAAGCUGUGAUCCAUUAAAUUACAAAUAUGGACCAUCCAAUUCAGCAGCAGUAUUUUUGUAAUAGAGAUUGUGAGAUUUUUCUUUUUCUAUUUAUUUUGUAAUAUCACCCUACAUUGAAAACACUGCAUUGUAUAUAACAGCUAUUUCCAAAGCUAUUUUUUCUGCUCACACCAAAAUAACUAAGAGUAGACACCACAAAAAUAUGUUUAUAUAAAUAAACUGAGGAAAACAUGAAAGCACUCAAGGUGCAUAAUCGGCCAUUGUGUUUAUCUGAUCUAUAUAUGUAAUUGCUACUGAUAAUAUAUAUAUAUAUAUAUAUAUAUAUAUAUAUAUAUAUAUAUAUAUAUAUAUAUAUAUAUAUAUUCCCCUAGUCAAAUGAUAAUAGCAUCAGUGUUAAAGCUCUUACAUCAAUAUAAAUGUUUACAAAGUCACCAGUCCAGGUGCCCAGUAAUAGUUCUUUGUCUGUAACUUGUAAAUAUAGGCCAUAAACCUUAUUCCUAUAUGUGCUGUGAUUAUGCAGUGGUAUUUGCUGAAUUUGUGUUUGUGUUAUUCUAAAUGCUGUUGCCAUAGUUGCAUCUGUAUUGCGAUUGGUGUAGAAAAAGGACUGUUAUUACCAGGGGUAAGGAUUGUCUUUAUUUUUGAAUGUUAAUGCUUUUAAUCUUCCUGUGUGCUCUUAUAGCUGUCUGAAUUUUCCACAGCAAAAUAUGACAAGUUUAUUUUUCCCUUUCCUUGGAUUUGUUGUGCUCUUUAUAUUUCCUUUAUGUGAAAAGUGUUUGACUUAGCAUUUUUUUUCUAUCAUUCAGUCUUUAAAAGGUCCUUGUGCAACAAGAGGUUGAAGACAGAAGUAAAGUGUUGAACAAUU